ACCUGGUCUAAAGACAAUCUUCCAUUACCAAAUAAUGGUAGAUAUCAGAUAGAGAAUAGAGGUCAGAUAUUAAAGAUUUUUAGAACACAGACAGAAGAUCAGGGUAUAUAUACUUGUAAAACAGAAAAUGCCGCAGGAGAGGUGAUUGCUUCAGCUAGAUUGGUUAUACAAUCAAGUGUUGCUCCAUCAUUUAAUGAGAGAUUACGAACUGUAGAGACUAAUACUGGUAUAGAUUUAACAUUACAAUGUGAAGCUGAAGGGGAUCCACAACCAUCAUACAAGUGGAAUAGAGAAGGUCUACAUCUUACUACAGAUGCUAAAUUUAUUGUACAAGGUGGAAGACUUAUAAUACGUAAUAUUAUAUUAGGUGAUACAGGACGAUAUGAUUGUAUAGCAGAAAAUGUAGCUGGUAGAUCAACUAUGUCUAUAAACCUACUUGUUCAUGCGGAUGAAAGAGAGACAAUACAGAGAGACAGAAUCCGUAACCGUCCAUUAAAUCCUGGUAGUAUUCAACCAACAAAUAUCAGACCGUUGUUCCCUGCUGGUCGUGAUCUUCAAGAUGCCAGACUUACCCGAUUAUAUCAGAGACAGCGCCUUAAUCAAUUCCCGAGAUAUACACCCAUUAGAUCGGGGCAUCAUGAUAACCGAUUAACACCUAGAGAAAUAGAAAGAGCCAUCAGUCAAGCUACAAAUCGAGUUAAUACUGGAAUUAACGAUACUAUUAUGGAUUUGUUUAGUAACAACAGAAAUCAUUCGGUGCAUGAUUUAUUGUCUAUAUUCCGAUAUCCAGCACCAGAAGCAUUAGAACUAGCCAGAGCCGAAGAAAUCUUUGAACAGACGUUAGAAAUAUUACAUACACAUAUUAAUCAGGGACAUAUGUAUAAUCUAACCCAACAUGAUGAAACAUACAGAGAACUGGUAUCACCUGCUCAUCUAACUCUUAUAGCUAACAUGUCUGGUUGUGCUCGACGACCAAUGGACAUAGAUUGUUCCAACAUCUGCUUUCACAGGAAAUAUAGAACCUUAAAUGGUAUUUGUAAUAAUUUUAAAAAUCCAACAUGGGGAACUUCAAAUCAAGCUUUCCUCCGACUUCUACCACCUAUAUAUGAAAAUGGUUUCAACACACCAGUUGGUUGGAAUCGAGGUAAAAUGUAUAACAAUAUUCAUCUACCUAGUCCACGAUUAAUCUCAUCCUUUAUGAUGUCCACAGAUCAUGUGACCAUGGAUGAAGUUUACAGUCACAUGUUAAUGCAGUGGGGACAGUUUCUCGACCACGAUUUGACUUUAUCUCCGCAGUCGAUUAGUUUUGCUAGAUUUAGUGAUGGACAGCGAUGUAAUGAAACUUGUGAGAAUGUUAGUCCCUGUUUUCCUAUAUCGGUCCCGAAUAGCGAUCAGAGAAUUAGGAGUACGUGUCUUGGUUUCACCAGAAGUAGCGCCACUUGCAACACUGGCACCACAUCCUUGUUCUUUAAUACAGUGGCGCCACGGCAACAGAUAAACGCUUUAACAUCCUUUAUUGAUGCCUCUAAUGUGUACGGAAGUGGGCCUGAUGAAGCCAAUGCUUUGAGAGAUUUAACCAAUGAACGUGGAUUACUGAGAGUGGGUCCAUCUAUAAAUGGAAACCGAUUACUUCCCUUUGAUGACGAUACAUUGCAUCGCGUCGAUUGUCAGUUGGAUGCCACCAAACGUCACGUACCAUGUUUUAAAGGUGGAGAUCACAGAGUUAAUGAACAGAUAGCUUUAACGGCCAUGCAUACUUUGAUGAUGAGAGAACAUAAUCGUAUAGCCACCAUAUUGGAAGAAUUAAACCCACACUGGGAUGGCAACAAACUCUAUCAUGAAACUCGAAAAAUUAUUGGAGCUGUUAUGCAACAUAUUACGUAUAAUGGUUGGUUACCGAAGGUAAUUGGUUCAAAAGGUAUGGCGAUGAUGGGCGAAUAUAAUGGUUAUAAUCCUAACGUCGAUCCUACCAUUGUCAAUGAAUUUGCCACAGCAGCGUUCAGGUUCGGACAUUCAUUAGUGCAGCCCGUGAUAUUUCGAUUAAAUGAAAGCUAUCAACCAAUUCCAGAAGGUAAUCUGCCCUUACACAAGGCUUUCUUCUCUCCAUAUCGUAUUUUAGAGGAGGGUGGAAUCGACCCGCUGUUGCGAGGAUUAUAUGGUGUAGCCGCCAAGAAGAGGAUGCCAGGUGAAUUAUUGAACACAGAACUAACAGAGAAACUCUUUUCCUUAGCUAAUUCUGUGGGACAGGAUUUAGCUUCUUUAAAUAUACAGCGCGGUCGCGAUCAUGGUCUACCAUUCUACACAUCAUAUAGAAAAUACUGUAAUCUAUCAGCUGUUAAUAGUUUUGAAGAUUUAAUUCAUGAAGUUCAACAUGCAGAUACGUUGGAAAAACUACGAGCUGUCUACACUCACGUUGAUAAUAUAGAUUUAUUUGUUGGUGGUAUGAGUGAGACUCCAGCUCCUGGUGCUAAAAUAGGACCAACGUUUCUAUGUAUUAUUUCUAAUCAGUUCAUGAGAUUGAGAGAUGGAGACAGAUUUUGGUAUGAAAAUCCGGGUGUAUUUACCCCGGAGCAGUUAGAUCAGAUAAAACAGAGUAGUUUGGCUCGUAUUAUCUGUGACAAUAGUGAUGGUAUCAGAACAUUACAACAUGAUGCUUUCUUAUUUAAAACACAAGAAGAGAUGAUAUCAUGUGAGGACAUACCAAAACUUGACUUACGUAUGUGGACAGACUGCUGUGAAGAAUGUAGACGUAACAAUUUUGAGAGUUUUACACGUCACUUCAGAAGUCGUAAUCAGUUUAGUUUCCCAGAUAAUCGUCCAUUUAAUCAGUUUGGUGGUCGUUCAUUUCAACAGACCCCUGUUAAUACUCGCAUCAAUUCCUUCCAACAAGAUCAACCAAUAUAUGAUGAUCAUUCAGAAGAAGAAAUAAAAGAAGAUAUGACAGCUCUGAAUUCACGAUUGGAAGGAGUAGAAUCUGUUAUGGAAGAAAUGUCCAAAACUAUCAAACAUUUGAAGAAAAAGGUGAGGUUUUUACAAAAACAAAUGAAAGGUGGAAAAAAACAGCAUACUUGUAUGGAUUUUGAUAAACAAAUACGAAACAAUAAUGAGAAAUGGAAUAUGAAUGAAUGCAAGAUUUGUAUAUGUAAAAGAGGUAAAAUUGAAUGUAUGAGUGAAACCUGUCCACAAGUGUCCUGUCAAUCUCCGAUUAAAAUGGAAGGAAAAUGUUGUCCUGUGUGUUCCUAAUCGUAGAAGUAAUUCCACCAAAAAUAUCAGGGAUAUUAAGUUGUGUUGUAAAAAUGCUUCUACCUUUACAGUUUGUGCCAAGUGUUGACUGUUGGACAUUAUAGUGAUUUCAGAGAUAAAUGGACAAUAAUUACAAUCAGGUUUUUGUUUGCUACGUUAUCUCAACUUUAUGGUGCUGAAUAAUACAUAAAUAAACAUGUAUAUAUAUGAACUUAUUUUGUUUUGUGGAACUCUUAUGAUAGACAACAAUCUAUCAAUUUUUUUUCUCUUUUGUUUAGUGAUUGUCAAGUUUUUAGAUGUUAAUUGUUAUUUAAAAGUUUGCGUAGGUGAAUGUUUUUAAUUCUAUGAAUUGUUAGAUUCGUUUUGUAAAGAAUACAGUGUACAACAGUCAAAGAGCAGGCUCGUGAAAUUGACUGAAAAAUAUCAAAAUGUGAGAUUUAAUUACUUUUUCCACCAGCAGGUUUAUUAGAUUUUUUUUAGUGCAGAAUGGUACAGGCGUUGUGCUAAUCAUACAUUAUUUAUACAAGGUUGGAAAUAUUGGACCCACAUAUUAGAAAUAGUGUAUAGGUGUUGAAUGAGACAUUGCAUAAAACAUUUAGAAAACUUGGCCAUACGCUCUGGUGCAGUAUCAAUAUAUUACUUAAAAUCUCCUUUCUCAACCUUUAAACAACACUUAAAGCACUGUUAUUUAAGAUAUAGGAAGUGCUGUUUUUAAAAUAUAAAGUUUGUCAUAUUUGUUUCAAAAAGCACUUCUAAUUUGUAAACCUACUGGCAGAGACAGUAAGAAAAGGUGUAUCCAUAAAACUAGAGUUAUCUUUCCUGAUUUGUGAUAUCUAUAUACUGCCAGUAAAACUAUUUUUUAACUAUUUAAAUCAAAUACUUGCUACUAGUUUCAUAUUGAUAAAGAUUAGUUGAAUAUUUUAAUCUGCUGAUUUUAUUGUGGGAUUAAAUAAGUGCCUUAGUUAAACAAUUUGUGUCAUUUUAUAAAGAAUAAGUGCCAGUGUAUCUUUUUAUUUUUUAACUGCAAUUAUGAUUUUAAAAAUUGCCACAGGAUGCUAGUGAUUGAUUCACUCAUUGUUGAGUGUAUAAAUUAAACCUACUUCUCACUUAAAACAGCUGAUCUGUAUUUGAAAGAAAUUAAAUUCUUUACAUUACUAUAAUGUGAAAGUUGAGUCUAAAAAUAAAAAGAAGAAUUUCAGACCAGUUACUUUCAGUAUUUACAAAGAUAUAAUAAGUACAAUGUGCAUUAAGCUGUCAAAAUUUUGAUCUUGUCCGAUCGAUAGGGAUCGAUCAGUGACAUUAACUUGACAACCAGCUUUUGGCAAGUCCUUUUUUAUCAUUUUAUUUUACCAUAUGACUUUUUACUUGCAUGUUAAUAUUUCUAUUUUAGAUUUCUUGGUUUAUUUGGACAUUUUAUUAAUUAUACAUGUUUUAGCAUUAUAUAUACAUCUCUUCGUGUAGUUGGUUUAUAAUUGACUCUGUUAAUAAUAAACUUUUGUUUUGUAAUAUGUGUAUGCAUAUCUGUAUUACUAUUACUGAAGUUAAAAGAACACAACAUCUAUGAUUUGGGUGGGAAAUAAGACUUUCGAUUUGUUGGUGUGAAAUAUUUUUCUACAAUUAAAAUGUGAUUUCAAAAGUUUUAACUAAAAUAAGUAAAGCAAACGAUUUCCACUCACGUUGCAGAAAUAAUGAUGUUAAAUAGAGCUUUGCAUCUUUACAAAUUGACACAUCACAUCUGAGAGCUUAAAGAAUAUAUUAUCUGACCUAAAUCAAAAGAGGUCUUUGGUUUUUGUUUUACUUUAAACUUGAAAUCUCACUUUGCUGCAUAAUAAAUAUACUUUAUGCAAAAAUUUUGUAAUUAUUUAAUUGACAGUAUUCAAGGGUAUUUUUAUGUUGGUUUUUUUUAUACCUCAUUUGUAAGACUUUUUAAACAUUUUUUGAUAUUAUCUUUAAAUAUUAAUAAUUCUCUCUGUCCAUAAUGCAUUUUAAUUGGUGUUUUUAGAUAUUAGUUAUAAUACUGACAAAUUUUUUAAAAAAAUGAACAUCUUUAAGAUUGUAUAUCCAUUUAAAAUCAAAGAUAUCAAAACUUUAAGUUAUUUCACAAUGAUCUCGGUUUUGUAGUCCAGGUAAACAUUUAUACAUAAUAUUAAUUUCCUAUAUCACUGAUCUGAUCAAAUUGUUAAAAAAGAUACAAAUAUGGAAAUACUAGCCAGAUUCUUAUUGAUAAAGAUUUUAUUCUGAUGGCAAACAUGCAAUAAGGUCAACAAUUUAAUUUAAUUGGAUUUUUGGGAAUAAUUAUGAUGUUGAGUAAUGUAACUGGACGUAUAUAUUAAGAUUAUGGAAUAUGAGUGUAAUUACAAUUCUAGUAGACCCAAUCUCCUUAUAUGGCCUUAUCUCCAAGUUGCAAAUUCCAAAUAUUUGUAACAUAGGGUGAAUUUGAAAUCAAUAUAUUAAGAAUGAACAAUCUUAAUAAGAAGUGAUACUUAGACAAAUUAAAGUAAAGGGAGUUUUUAAAAUUUAUUAUUAUUGGUUUUAAGAACAAAUGCAUUGUGGGCUUGUUAUAAAAAUGGUGCUAAAAGAUCUGAAUUUACAGAUAUUAGCUGUAAUGGAACCUUUAUGUCUACUUUAUUAUACAAUGUUUUGUGGCUGUAUGUAUUUAUUUUUCAUUUUUACUUUUGUACAAUAGACAGUCAUGUGAUACUGGAGAUUAUAUAAAGGUAGAAGAAGUUUGUUAAUAAUUCUUCCAUUGAUGUGUGGAUUUCGCUGAGAAAAUAUUGAUUAUCAGUUACAAUGUAUGAUGUUUUUUAUAAAAGGUAUUAAAAUGCAAAUAGUUGGCCAAUCAAAAUAUUUAUGCAUUAGCACUCAGCAGUCUUAUUUUGAGUACUUUGUGAAAAUACAAUAUUUUUUUUUUUUUUUAAUUGCAUUUUAUUUCAAUACAAAUUUUGAAUUUUAGAAAUGUACAUGUACUAUUAUUAUUUAUCUAUAAAGUCACUUAAAAUACCUUUCGAAAAAUACCAAAUAUGAAAUUUAGAUAAAACGUUUUCUUUAAUUGACUUUUUCAUGGUUACUAAAUGAUUGCUUGUCACAUCACCUAAUUGUUGUACAAAGACAAGAUUUUGAUCAAUACAUAACAUAAACUCAGCCAUUGAAGUGGGACGUACAAAUAUGGAAAUAACACUUGUGCCACUGAGAAACCUGUCCAAUUUGGUGACUAUUCCUGUCAUUAAAACAAAAAAUCUGGAACCGUGAAUGAAUGAAUGAAAUGGGGUUUAAUUAACAUCCUACUCUUCAGCACCUGGAACUGUGAAAUAAUCACUUGUUUGAAAUACUUACCAAGAGUAUAUGAAAAGAGUUCCAGCACAAGGAAGAAAUGCUUUUUUCUACGCCCUUUAUUAAUACUUCAGGAGUUAUAUGACUGUCUUGCUCUAUAAAUGCUAUAUUGUACAUGUAUGUACAUUUCCCGCUAGUAAUUAUAUCUUCUUGCCUUGGCUUAAAUGUAGUCUUACGUGACAUAAAAGACAUUCCCCCCCCCCUUUUAAUAACAGAAUGUGCAUGAUGUUUGUAUUAAAACUAGUUUACCAAGGUAAAGUUAACAACAUGCAAGUAUAUAUGAGUAAAUUACAUAUAAAUAAGCAAUUUGAUUGGCUUUUGUGUACGUAGAUCUGAAUAAUAAGAUUAUAUUUGAUAUAUAUAUUUUGUGACAUAUUUUCAGGCAUUAUAAUAAAUGUUUAUAUAUCUAAGUGUCGAAUGCCCAACUCUUACUCUAGUUAAAAUCUUUCUUAAGAGAUUAUUAAUUUGAUAAAUGGUGACAAGACCAGCAACAUUUGGUAUGAAAUUCCAGCUGUAUUCUACCAAAUUCUGUUGUAUUUCUGUUUGAGUUUGGACACUUUUUCUUUAUAUUCAUGUCUCCUCUUCUCCCUGCAUCCGUUUUAUGAUGCAGAAGUUACACAGAUUCUGCCUGUUCCAGCCUUUUUGACUCAUUCAAGGCCAUUUUGCCAAUCCACACUGUAUCCUCAAUAGAUUAUCAAUUACUUACUUUGACACUUCAUGAUGAAAUGUUUUGACAUUUUUUAAUAACAAUGUAUGAAGGCAUUAUUUUUUUUAUAUAUAUAAAUGAUACCAGAUUUUUAACUUUACUAAAAUAUUUAUUUUUCAUAAUGUAAGAUUUUAUCUAAAGUAUGAUUUGGGCAUUCUAACCUUACAUAAUAUUGAUCCCUCUGACUGUCUUGUUCUUUUAUUAUUUAUAGUAUUUUGUAAAUCUCAAACCAUCUCUAUAUAAGUAUCAUUAGGGUGUACAGUUAUCAAAAAUGCAAUAAAUUUAUUCUCUUUUUACA